GGAACCAUAUAGAGUAAGGAUAUGUAGGGCAGUUACUAAUUAAAUCUUUGUAUUCUUUAAUAAUUAUCACAGGUGAGGAGAGUGAGCCAGGCUGAAGAACUUGACCAAGAGAUGGCAGGUGUCUCUGAGGGUUUCCCAAUAGGAGAGAAAUUAUCUAAUUAACUAAUUAUCUAAAUUAACUGGCUGAUGUCUGGUAUAAUUAACACGAAUAGGGAGACUGAGUCUCCUUAGGAGUAGGAAAGGCAGUGGUGAUUUUCACUGUGUUGUGGUCAGGAACACAUGGGCAGCCAGAGAAGAGUGAGAAAGGAAGUUACUGAAAGCCAGAUACUAAAGCCAAGAUUAAGAGGUCUGAGAGGUGAGGAUGAGACUCUGAAAAAAAAGACAGGGCAGUUUCCCAUGUUGGCAGAAUUAACCCAUUCCAACUACUAGCCAAAGGAGAGACUAGCCGCCUCCAUCCUGGACAUAGGAAGCCUAGUCAGCUUGUUUCUUGAUGCAGCAUCAGCUCAGAUAGUGUUGUACUUGGCGAUCAGAGAAAUAGUCGAGGGGAAGCAGCAGGGUGGUAAAUACUGAGUGCCUGCUCUGUGCUUAAUGAAAUGUUAAUGUUUUGUGUCACUGUUCACAGCAGUCUUGAUAAGAGGAUAGUUGCCUCAUUUUAUUGAUAACGAAGUGAGGUUAAGGUUAGGACACUUGCCCCAAGGCACACAGUGAAGUGCCAAAGCUGGGAUUAAAACAGUUCUGACCCCAGAGCCAGUCUGCAGUGCUCACCCCCCCUACUCCUCAGGACUUCUGUCAGAUAAGAACACAAGGACCUCGCUGUGGGGCAGGAUCCAUUUCCCACAGAAGAGACAUCUGCCUAUGGUCCUAAAACUCCCUUUUAAGAAGUGAAACUACAAGAUGCAAUGAUGAAUGUCAGGUUCUAUGCUUGAGACCAGCCAUGAGAUAAAGGCUCACCCUAGCUUAGGCUACAUUAAUAGGAAUGCAGUAUCUAGAGCAUCCCAAUCAAAACCUGCUCUACCUGCCCAAAGUACAAAUUGUUUACAAAUGCCUUACUUUAAAGGGGGAGCACUUCCCCUUUAACAACAACAACAACGAAAAAAAGACUAUAGAAUAGAACAAUGAAAUGUCUUCAAACCUGUGAAAGGCUUGCAGAUGUGAAAGAAUCAAGAGAUAUUGAGAGUUAAUGAGGCAAAACUAAGAACACCUGGUGGAGGCCACAAGGAGGCAGAAACCAGCUCGGUGCAAGGAUAAAUCUGUGUGAAGACUCAGGAGAUGGUAAGUUCCCAGGACAUGGGUAUGUAGGGCUCCUCACAGCUAACAUUCUAAGGACACUUGCUCUGUGUUAGAUCCUGUACUAAAUAGAUGACCAAAAGUAUCUCAAAUAAUGCUCACCCUAGGAAGUAGUUCCUUUUCAUGUUGUCGUGUUUUAGAUGAAGAUACUGCAGUUUAGAAAGGUAAACAGCUUUCCAAGGCCGUUUCACAGGCUCUUUACAUCCUGGCACCUCUCCAGGACAGGCUACAGAACCACAAGGGGAGGGGGGAGGGGGAUGCUGAGGAAGGCAUCCUAGGAUCAGAAGGGAAAGGGCACAAGAUGACUUCGAAGAAUCCCUGAGAGGCAGGGCAGGUAUUUCCUAAAGCUGGAUUCUAGCCUCCUGCCCAGGUGGGGGUGACUCAAGUGAGGCGAACAAAAUGAUAGUCCAACCUCAGGAUUCUGCCCCUGCCUUUCUGGAACUCCUUAGAAUCAGGGCCUUAGGAACCUCCAUCCACCUGACCUUUCAAAGAGCUCCAUUCCAGAAAAAGGAAAUGGCUAGACCCGAAGUGUGGAGCUAUGACCACAGGGUGGCAGCAGUGCCUCAGCUGCAGAGGAGGGCUCCCUAGGCCCAGGUGAGGCAGGUCCUAACCAGUUGCCCGCUCAUGAAGAUGGGGUCCAUCUAUAGAUUUGAAGCAAUUACCACUUUCUUUUAUUUUCCACCUUCAUCUCACUGUUCUAUCCACAGGCAAAUCUCAAAGUAGUGACUCCUUUUGUAACCCUUCAAGAGGCACUUACGCAGGGGUGUGAAUGGGCUGGGUGACCCUGACUGCAGCAGUUAGCGGAGGGACCAGGCUGGGUCAUCCCAGCCAACUCGGACCCUGGCUCUUCCCCCACUCCCUCUGUUCCACAACACAACACCUAGCCCUUUCUAACAGGAUUAUCUUUAUGCUUUUAUUCUACAAGUUAAAAAAGAGAGGUGAUCGAUUGGAGCUCUCCAACCUGUUGAGGGAUUGGGGGUUCUUAAAGGCCCCCCAGGGCCUGGCUCUGACAAAGCAUCUGCAAUUAAUGAUGCUUCUUGAGCUCUGGAGACAGGAUUUAUGCAUCUAAUAAAGUCUGUAACUCCAGGCUUAGGAACUGGGGCCAGAGGCUGAGAGCAGGAAGUCCCAGAGGGGCCAUGGGAGGGGAUCCCAGGGGCUCUUAAUGGAGCCGUGCAUUUCCAUUGCCUGCUCUAGAUUCCCCCUCAGGCUGCUGUGGGGGUGGGGGGUAGGGGGACAGCAGGUAUAAGAGGCAGAUGUGGCCGUAAGCAGGCAGAUGACAGCAUGGAUUCCAGGCAGGCAGCAAUGUUGCUGGUGGUGCUGCUUUUAGUAACAGACUGGGGCUGCGCUGAAGGACCAGGGGGCCAGGGCGAUCAGAUCUUCGAGGUAAGUUAGCAGCCCCCUCCCCACGUCACCAUUCCCUCUAUUCCACUUGAGACUUGUGCUCUAGAUUCAAACACUCUAGUGGCCAGGGUCUUCAUUGGGUCCUCACAUUUGAGGAAAUGGCGUCUCAGCCUCCUACAACUUGCCAGGGGAGGCCACAUCCUCCCCCUAGUGACCUGAAUGUCAAAAGUCUUUGCUGCCCAUAUUCCCUCCUGGAUGUCCCUGUACCACAGGAGGAAGACAGCAAACCCCACCCACCGCAGGAUGCCAAGACCCCUGCAUCACUCUUGCUCUCCCUGCUUCAGGCCAUGCAGAGACCCAGCCGGAGCCCAACCUUCCUGUUUCAGCCCCAGAGGUUUGGCAGAAAUACCCAGGGCUCCUGGAGCAACGAACGGCUGAGUACCCGAGCUGGGGAGGGGCUGAGCUCCCCAUUCUGGAGUCUGGCUGCCCCUCAGCGCUUUGGAAAGAAGUGACAUGUCACCCCUUGAUACAUUUGCAUGCAAG